CCCGCCCGCGCGGUGGUCCCCGAGCACCGCGCCCUCACGCGCCGCCCCCCACGCACUCCGUCCCCACGCGCGGCGCGGCCGCCGGAAGUAAGUGCCACGGGCGCCGUCGACGCCUCAGCCAGGAGCGCGGCCGGCCUGACGUGGGCCCUGCACCCCCGCCGCCCGCCAGCCCGGGGGCCCCCGCACACCGCCCCGCCGCGGCCCCCGCCCCUGAGAGCCUGUGCCCCCCGCCCGCGCCCUCCCCGGAAAGCCCUCGCGGGAGGCGGCCGCAGGCUACCCACCCAGAAGGAGGCCGUCCAGGUCAAAAAGCAGGAUGAGCCUGGUGCACCCUGUUUCUGUCUGCUGAGAGGCACUCACCAUCCCCGUUCCUGCUCACGGUGGUCUCGGUAACAUAAUAUCUGGAAGACAGUCGCCCAAGACCGUCUGAAAUUGUUGUCACUGAAGAUGAGGACGCUUUGGCUUCUGCUGCUGUUCAUCUACGAGGCCCGGAGCCAUGCGGUGUCAACGCCCAACUUCGUCCUGCUGAUGGCCGACGACCUUGGCAUUGGCGAUCCUGGCUGCUAUGGAAACAAGACCCUCAGGACUCCCAACAUCGACCGCUUGGCCAGAGGGGGAGUGAAGCUCACGCAGCACCUGGCAGCGUCGCCCCUGUGCACACCCAGCAGGGCGGCCUUCAUGACGGGCCGGUAUCCCAUCCGCUCAGGAAUGGCGUCUCGGUCCCAAGUGGGAGUUUUCGUCUUCUCGGCCUCUUCCGGAGGACUUCCCCACAGUGAGAUUACGUUCGCCAAGCUCCUGAAGAAUCAAGGCUAUUCCACAGCUCUGAUAGGGAAGUGGCACCUCGGCACCAGCUGUCACAACAGGACGGACCUCUGUCACCACCCCUUGAGCCAUGGCUUCGACUAUUUCCACGGGCUGCCCAUGACCAACCUGCGGGACUGCAAGCCGGGCGAAGGCAGCGUGUUCACCAGGGCCUUAAGGCUGCUGGUCUUCGUCCCCCUGCAGGUCAUCGCCAUCACACUGCUGACCCUGGCCGUGCUCAUGUGUCUGGGGUUCGUCCAGGUGCCCCCCUGCGUCUUCUUCUGCCUCUUCUUCCUGGCCGCCCUGGUCCUCGGCGCCCUGCUGUGCUUCCUGCAUUACUUCCGGCCCCUGAACUGCUUCCUCAUGAGGAACCGUGACAUCACCCAGCAGCCCAUGUCCUAUGACAACCUCACGCAGAGGCUCACGGCGGACGCGGCCCAGUUCAUACAACGGAAUGCUAAGACCCCUUUCUUGCUUGUCCUGGCUUUCCUACACAUGCACACGGCUCUCUUCUCUUCGAAGGACUUUGCCGGCAAAAGUAAACACGGCGCUUAUGGAGACGCUGCCGAGGAAAUGGACUGGAGCGUUGGGCAGAUCUUGGAUGUUCUAGAUGAGUUGAAACUGGCUAAUAACACCCUGGUGUACUUCUCCUCGGACCAAGGAGCACAUGUAGAAGAGGUGACUGUCAAAGGGGAAGGUCACGGAGGCAGUAACGGAAUCUAUAAAGGGGGAAAAGCCAACAACUGGGAAGGAGGCAUCCGGGUUCCAGGCAUCCUCCGAUGGCCGGGAGUGAUCCAGGCUGGGCUGGAGAUCGAUGAGCCAACAAGCAACAUGGACAUCUUCCCCACGGUGGCCAAACUUGCGGGGUCCCCUCUGCCGGAAGACAGGAUCAUCGAUGGGCGUGACCUGAUGCCCCUGCUCCAAGGGAGAAGCCACCGUUCGGAUCACGAGUUUCUCUUCCACUACUGCAACUUCUACCUGAACGCCGUGCGCUGGUACCCACAGAACAGCACGUCCAUCUGGAAAGCCUUUUUCUUCACACCCAAGUUCUUCCCCGAGGGCGCCAACGGAUGCUUUGCCACCCACGUGUGUUUCUGUCACGGGCAAUACGUCACCUACCACGACCCGCCUCUGCUCUUUGACAUCUCCCAAGACCCCAGGGAGAGAAACCCGUUAACUCCGACGUCAGAGCCCCGGUUCCGGGAGAUCCUGGGGACCAUGCAGGAAGCAGCAGCCCGGCACGCUGAGACCCUGAGGGACGUCCCCAAUCAGCUGUCGCUGGGCAACCUUAUCUGGAAGCCGUGGCUUCAGAUGUGUUGCUCAUCGUCAGGCCUGUCUUGCCAGUGCGACCGGGAGAAGCAGGAUGGGAGAGGGAGCCGUUAGCCACGUGCGUCUGGGGGCGCCCGGGGCCACCCCACCUGCUGCAUCACAGACGAGCGUGGGGGGCGGCACUGGGUGAAGCCAGCGCUGGCAGCUCCCACCCCGGGACUCAGAUCCCUUCUCUCUGUCUUCUCACCUGGAGGCUCCUUCAAAACCCCACAUUUACGCCCUGGGGAAAAAAUCAGGGUUUGCCAUAAACAGAGGCAUAGACGUUAGUCACGUCUUCCAAGGCCAACGUUAUAUGAAUGCGGUAGGCGGGAUUUCAAUGAGUCUGGCCAACACCAGUGCAGACGGAGAGCAGGAAGUUGCACAGGUAACCUGUUCAUCUCUCAGCCAAUGCGUGUGAUCCACAACGUAAGGCAUCACUUACUCCACAAGCUGAUGUGACGCUGUGGCCACUGGGAUUCCCCUUAUAGCGCAUCACGAAAAAGAGAAUAAAAUUUAAAGAGUGUUUACUAAACCUAACACGUGCAACGUUAUAAUGAGUAAAAGACCAUCUUGACCCAUCAUGGAUGAUGGUAAGUUCCAAUUUGGUUAUUGGAAGGCAAUUACUGUCAGUAUUAUUUGCAAUAAUAUGAAAUACUAUUCAUGAUAUAUAUGUUUAUAUAUAUACAGUUUCUUCGAGAAGUUUACAGUAUUUAGAAGCUUAUCACUAUUUAAGUAAAAACAAUAGAGGGUCACAGCUCUGUUUGUGCCACAGCCUUUUGGUGAAAUCCCUCAGCAACAGUAAUGCCAAGACAAAUCUCUCCUGUAUGGAUUUGCAUCCCAUAAUUUGCAGCAUUCUACUUGGGUUCUGCUGUUUCUUUGGUGAACGGAGGUUCUGAACUCAAAGGCCACUCAGUGAUGCUGCAGUCCCUGGAAUCCUUUCUAACAGAAUUCAGAAUUUUUGGCAUGUAAAAUUACGAUAUUUCGCAAUGGGGGGAGAGAGACACAAGCAAUCCAUCCACGACCCAUACCCAUGACCGUGACAUCUUGAGUGCUUGCAGAAUUUAAUGAAGAGAGACGGUGGUUCAUGUCCGUACUUGUGUUUUGUGUGGUCUGAUCCUGCGGCUAAGAAAUAUCUAUGCCUCCACCAUGAGAUGUGCAAUUUUGUUUGAAUUCCAUUUCCUGCAACCUCAGUGACACAGGACGAGGCGUAACCAGGUCACGUCGGAGACUGGGGGUUAGGGGCACAGCUGGAGAGAGUUCCAACGUCUGAGCCACCAGCCCCUCCUGAGGAAAGAAUUCACCUGUGCAGGGAGCGCUUAGGUCACCUUCAGGCGCUGAACAUCCUCCAACAAUAUCACGCGGAUGCCUUUCCUGAUCCGUCCUCAGGAGCUGUGGUCCAUCUGCCUCCCAUUCAUCUCUUUCGGGAACACGUCUGAACAUCUGCUCUUGGCUCAGGGUUUUCUCGGUCCCACAAGAGUGCAGGUCAAUGGAAUACCCCACCCCACCGGGUACCCUGACCCCUCCGGGCACUUUGGAUAGAAUAUGUACAGCGUGGCUCAGGCUUUCUGACAGGGGACUCUGAUUUCCUCUGUGUGUCUCCACUGAAGAAUUUCUAAGAUCCAGCAGCAUGUCCCCAGCUCCUCUUUAAGGUCUACUAUUUCAGAUUUUAAUCUUUCUUUUUCUUAAAAAAGAGAAAUGAUUCCCGCCCCCACCCCCCACCCCCCGCCCACUGCCUGGGAAUGGUUUAACGUUGGAAAACAAACAGGAUUCUUUCUUUUAAUGCGGAUUUCUCAUUCCAGAAAUUGCCAAAAAUCUGUCACAUUGUUUUAGGAAAUAGUCUCAUGAAAGAAUGCACCAGCAUGUUACUAACGUGUUAGGAUUAUUGCUAUUAUCAUACAAAAACUAUAUAAAGCCACUGUUAGGAACUUACGUUUGGAGAUGAUCACGUUUACUCAGAGUUGAACAUACUCAAUGCAGAUGGACUUUUACAAAACAUUUUAUGAUGUAAGAACAUGUGUUUGAGGGUGAAAUAACUUGAAGGAGUUUUAUAGAUGAUGUGAAUACAUAGCUUUGUAUAGAAUUAAUUGUUUAAUCUGUACAAUGGUAACAGCCAAUGAAGAAUACAUAUACCUCUGGAGCUACAAUGAGCUUUAAAGUAUUUGCCUCAAAAUAACUUGGAUCACCCUUAUGUGUCACGGUAUUUGAAAAUCAGGUUUAUUUGUCAUAAUCAUCAUUACCAUAGACUUCAGACCGCUUACCAUCUGAAAGUUUUGCUUGGAAUGUACAGCAGGAAAUUGGAAUUCCCAUCGGUGUGACCUCUUGAGUUGUAUGUGCAAACCUUAGUGGGUUUUGAAGUUUUAAACAAAUUCUUUUUAAAAAAAUCUUUGUAUAUCUAGCAUUUCGUAGAUGUUAAAGGCUAAGCAAACACUAACCUAUAGACAGGGCAUUAUUUGACGAUGUCAGUAUCACUGCAUGAAAAGCAAAAUCACAACCUACACAUCGAGGUAAUUAAGGAUUAAAGAAAGGAAACAGAUUUCAGGUAGCCCUGAAGGACAUCCAGUGAAGGGUAAAGAAGUGGGAAAAGUAUUUGGCAUCUGUCUGAACAAUGCGACCUGUGAAGUGAUUGCCUCUGUGCGGGUUUCCCAGAACCUUGUCCUGAUGUUAAUGCAAAAUUAAAAUAAAAUUUUCCUUGGCAAUUCAA